CCACACCCACACACACCCAUUGGCUGUAUGUGGUGGUGUUUCCUGUUUAAUGUGCUAUAAGGAACAGCUCACUGCUUUACUUUAUCACAAUAACUGAAGCUGCACAGUGGAACAUCACUUCUCCUCCGAGAUGGCUGAGUCUUCCAAAAAACCAAAGAAAAGCAAAGAAGAAAGGGCAAAGGAAUUCCUCAGUAAUUCAGCUUUCGCAAGAAAUGCAUUCCUCCUCUUUAACAAAGCCACUGAUAUAGUCAGUGCCCAGGAACAGGGAGACUUACAGAGUGCCAAACAGAUACUGGAACAGAUGCUACACAGCAUCCUGUUCUUAGGUCACAUCCAUGCUGCAGUCUACCGCCCAGAAUGGAUCUUUUCUGAUGUGGAGAUGUUACAGAAAACCAUCAAAGAUUUCCCAAAACCAUUUGAUCUUUUCCAAACCCACGUGGCUCAGCGAACACCUUUCUCCUACUUUCUGCAACUGCUCACAGUGUGUUACAGCGAAAAUCAGGAAGCAACAGUGAAGAACAAACUGGCUGCAUUAUUGGCUGAUUGUAAAAAAUCAGGUGACAGAUACCCACUGAUUUCCAUUGUCAUAUGUAUCUGUGAGUAUAAUAACCGCAGAUACUAUGGUGCGUCUCUGUCCUGUGAGAGUGACAAAGAGAGAAAGAUCAUGACUUCUGUGUCUUGUCUGAAAGUGUGGCAUCGCAAAGUGUCCUCUGCUGUGAUGUCCAUGUUUCCGCAAGACACUGGAACACAAUGCACAAUACAACUCCCAGCUACAGUGAGGUGUGAAGCGUUUGCUCUGGAGGACAUGAGCCAAGUGAAACCACCCUGCGGACGCUGCCAUCAGCUCUAUUCACUUCCUGGACACACAGACAUUCUAAAUGAACCUGGUAACUGUGCUGAGACUGAGGUCAUCAGUAAUCUCCUGCAAGGCCAAGAUGUGUCCACCAUCACUGGAGAGGUUUAUAGUGACCAGGUCAUUGGAGAAAGGAUGACAGCUUGUUUUACUGAAACCAUGAGUAAAAUAAAGAAGGCAGAUAAAUAUAAUAUCCAGAAUGUCUAUAAUUAGUGUCUCUCUGAGGGAUCCUGAAGCUCUGAGAUUCUGUAGAGUUGAAUCUGAAUCUGUUUGAUCCUCUGAUUGUUAUUCUGAAUAGAUUCAUACAUUUUACCAAAAAAGUUAAUAAGAAUGAUCUCCAUUAAAUAAAACCUAAACAUGAUUAAUA